CAUACACACCACACACACACACAUACACACCCUCUCACACGUGGUGAUCAGUGUGUACCGUGGCAAGCUGGUGAAGGGUUGAGCUCUCUCUGUUCUGGUGUGCUAGUGCAGCCUGUGUAUCUAGCCUGUUACUCUAAUCUUUUAUCUCGCGCGUGCUGCUUCAUCUUCUCCUCUCCGGCCAUCCCUAAUCCAGACUUACACUUCAAGGAUAAUAUCUUGAAUCGUCCCAAAACUAUUAACACUCUCAGUAACGUUUAAAGUGUGAAAUUGCAAAUGAGAAGUUGUGCGACUCGGUCAAUGCUUCUUGCUACCAGUCGUAGACGCAUCUCCGACUCCACGACAGAGGAAUUAUUCUUUGAUCUCUACGAGACGUGUCGAAGAUCUGAGCAGAACCUGGCAGGCAGGACGAGGUGAAGGCUCCAGAGAGAGACGAUGAGGCUCUUCACACUCUGCACCACCUUGUACGUCACCCUCGUUCCCACUGCACUCUCAGAUUCGGCACUAGAGGAGUUGAGCAACAGCAGCAACAGCCAAAGUAAUAAUAACAACAGUGAUAACAGCCUCCAGCCCACUUGGAUCGAAGUGAGAACAGAGGAACAGAGUGCUUCAUCCAGCAGGAGGAAACGUUCCGUGUUCCACUUGUUCAAUAUGAUGACCUGCGCUACCGACUGCAACCCGCUGAGCUACAAGGGCUACGGCUGCUACUGCGGUUUCCUGGGCUCUGGUCUGGUGGUUGACGGUAUUGACAGGUGUUGCAAGGGCCACGACUGGUGUUACGAGCACGCCAAGUGUAGAGGUCUAGACCACUACUUAGCGCCUUAUAAGUGGAAGUGUAAUGGAGGGAAGCCAUACUGUGUGACGACGAAUGUGAGGACAGGAGCAGUGGACAGCUGCGGGCACCAACUCUGCGAGUGUGACAGAGAGUUUGUCGAGUGCCUGAAGCAGCACCCGUGUCCCAGGAGCAAGGCAGUGUGUAUGACGUCUCCCUGGAGGUAUUGGCAGAACCUCUUCAUGGGCAUGACCAGCGGCAUGGGCUUGCACCAGCAUGAUUCCCGUCACCCAACUUCCCCUCCUCCCUCGUACCAGCACCUUAACGAGACUCCCAUUAUCUCUUAAUAUCCUUCAAGUAGUUCUCAUUGUUUCCUUGAAAUCCGAGCCUGUCUGGAAAACGUUAUUGAUGAUCCCUUAUUUUCAUAAAAUUUUGACAAAAAGUCAUUUAAAUUUCAAGGACAUUUUGGAAGUCUUGAAUUUUCCAAAAUUUGCAAUUGAUUAAUCCCUUGCACACCACUGAAGUUUUUACUGGAAAUCCCAGAACUUCAACAAAAAAAUAAAUAGUAGUAGUGAACGACGCUGAGCCGUGAUCACUGGGGCCUCCAUGGCAUUAUCUUCAACUUAAUACUCUCCACAAUUGUCUUACUUCGUCCCUGUUUGACGUGUUUACUAGCGAUGCCAUGAUGUUGGUAGCUUAGUGGACUCUAAAUCACUUAUACAACUUCAGGCAAGAUUAACUGGUAGAGUAGCUUACCUUUACGGAGUAACGAACCUCCAACACUCACCGCGCUGAUCCAAACGGGCUAAGCCUUCUCAUAAAAAUAAAAAAUCUCCUGCCAUGUUUGUGCAAGUGAAUGACUAAAAUAGCCUACAACAGGAUUUCUUUGUAGCUUAUGACAAUACCCUUAUUGGUCAAUAGAAACCUUUAGUUGCCUGGAAAACCCUGUAAUAGUAGCAGUAGCAGUAGUAAGUAGCGCAUGAGAUCUGCAGGAAGGAGAGGGGAAUUGUCAUUGACAGAUCCUUCGGCUCAUUCCCGCAAGAUCUAAAGUAAACAAUCCAUAGAAAAAGUUAAACACCUAAAAAAAUGUAAUUGUGAUAGCUAGUAUAAACAAUACAAAAAAGUAGUGGAUUUCCUUUAAGACUCUUGAGUACGUGAAAAGUAGUGUAGAAAAGCACCUCACCAAGGACACGACUGUAUGUCGUAUACGGUGAUGAAUAACGCACGCUGCACUAAAUGAGAUCUUUUGCACGAUUCCCAAGAGACAUUUCUAAUAUAUAUUUACUUUAAUUUCGUCUUCUCAGAAAUGCGAUAUACUUCGGUCCUUUGGGUCGGAAGGCUGCGAUAGCCAUUCAAACACUCUUGUAAGCAAGGGCGUCUGUCUGCCUAGUGUUCAAAUGUCUCCACCUUCCCCAUGGCCACCCACACCUCGCUUCCUUUCGCUCGUCAGCGAAAGCGACCCGAGAAUAAGCUUCCUGUUCAUCGCGAUUCGACUCUCGAGCUCAUCAGAGAUAGUGACUCAAGAAAAUGUUGUUUCCUUUGACUGUAGAUGACGUGAAAGACAAAAGUUGCAAACAAAAGGAAAAAUCUUUCCCAUCAGUGUAGGUGACAUUAGCUGAGAAGUCUACUACGAGAGGCACAGAAAAACUGGUACUUUCUUUUUCAUGUUCUUUACACUGAGCUUUAUGCAGAUGCGAAUACAUUUAAUUUUGCCUAGGCGAUAACAAGUUUCUCGUGAAUGUGACCCGGCGACACACUUACAUUAAUACUUUACGCCCAGCUUAUAAAUUACAUUUUUUUAUCAGGGAGCACCAAUUUUAAUUUUUUAUGCAAUUCCAAUUAAUACACAUGUUAGUACAAUGAAAAAAAUAUGAAAAAAUAAUUUCUAUUAUAUACGAACAACAUGAGAAAACACCUUACUUUAUUCCAAUCAUAAUUAUAUGUUUUAUUUAUACUUAAAACCAUUUUUGUUACAAAAAUACGUAACUGAUGUGGUGGUUAUGCUGUCAUAAUGACAUAUAUGUUACCUCCUACAAGAUUUCCCUACCUUCCAACACACAAAUUUAACUCACGGUAAUUCCUUCGAGUCCUUAAGUCCUUUAGUGGU